CAAUCAAAAAAAUAAGGAAUGCUCAUGCAAAACAGAUACCAAAUAGAAAAUGCAUUAUGUGUGCUAAUUAUAAAAUUGGUAGUGAAAGAUAUGAUGAUAUUACUAGCAGAAAAAAGAAAGUCUCACAGAAUGAGGAACUUCCUAGUUCUAAUAUUGAUAAGACAAACUCUAGUGUAGAAUUAUCUAAAGGUGGAGAUCGAUCGGAAUCAAAAACUAUAAAUUAUUCUAUCUCAUCAAUACCAGGGAGUGAUGUGCAAGCUAGAAUAGAAAAUUUAUGA